GCUGCAAAACUUAUGUUGUCCUCUAGGCGUGCUUCAUGGCUUAGGAUUGGUAGACGAGGUUCACAUCCUUGCAUUGCUCCACUACACAUGGAAGUCAUACAAACGUCAAGCUGCGGUAUCAGGGCAGGAACUCGGUAUCGCCCUUUGACCUUGUCGCUCAACGAGAAGUGAAGAAUCCGGCCGCAAUAAAGACAGCCUUCGCAAACAGCUUUUAUGCGGGGAGCAGCGCCGCCACACUUAAAGGAUGCGACUCAACAAU